CUCUCGGCCUUCCCAAUCCCUUCCGCGCCGCUCCAGAUGGCCGCUGCAGUGCGGCCGGGCGCGGAGCCGUGGAACCGCGUGAGGAUCCCCCAGGCGGGGAACUGCAGCACACUGACGGUGAAGGACCCCACCGGCACCCUGGAUGUCUGCAUUGCAGCUGCUAUUAAAGGGUGCCACCUCGUCACACAGUCACUCAAGAGCCAGACCUUGGAUGCGGAAGUCGAUGUGUUAUGCUCAGUUCUCUACAGCAAUCACAACAGACUGGGCCACCACAAGCCCCAUUUGGCCCUCAGACAGGUAGAACAGUGCUUAAAGCGCUUGAAACACAUGAAUUUGGAGGGCUCAAUUGAAGACCUGUCACAGUUGUUGUCUGCCAAUGCAACUCAGCCUGGAGCUACCGAAAACCGAGUCGUCCCGAGCCAGCCGGUGGUGGAGGUGGUGCUGAUGAAGGUUUUGGGAGGCUGCAAGUUGUUACUGCGCUUGCUGGACUGCUGCUGCAAAGCAUUUCUGUUGACUGUGAAGCACUUAGGGCUACAGGAAUUCAUUAUUUUGAACCUUGUGAUGGUUGGGCUGGUGAGCAGGUUAUGGGUCCUCCAUAAAGGACUUUUGAGAAGGCUGAUUUCCUUAUAUGAGCCAUUGCUUGGGUUGCAUCAGGAGAUCUCCAGGAUUCAGCCCAUGCCUUACUUCAAAGAUUUUGCCUUUCCCUCUGACAUCACUGACUUUCUAGGCCCCUCUUACCUUGAAGUCUUUAAGGGAAAAACACCUGCAGCUUUUGCUACUAAAGGAGUAACUAAGUUGCUAAAUAAACUGUUUUUAAUGAGAGAGCAACUACCAAAGACCAGUGAAGACGCCUUAGAUGGACUUUCCAAACCAUCUGAACAAAUGAAAAGCAAUCCACAGAGCAGUAUGGACCUGGGACAGCCAGUGAAAGCAUGUAAAAGGACCAAGAAAGAAAAGCCGUUGGGAUUUGACGUGCGGGCUUUCUGCGCAAGACUUCAAAACAAAGCUACUCAGGAGACUAACCAGAAGUUUAAAUAUUCUCAAUCCAAACUGAAGACAACCAAACUUUCCUCUCAGAAACUGAGAACUCACUGGGCUAACAAUAUUGUGCAAAGAAUCCGAAUGACCAAGACAUUCACCCAACUUUCUGAGGAAAUCGAAACGGCAAUUGUGUGGUCCCGGAGCAAGAAGCUCAAGGCUCAGGCCACCUAUCUGGGCAACAAACUUCUUAAGAGCAAUAGGCUUAGACAUGUGGAAUCUCAAGGUUGUAGUUUGCCGAAGAAGCUUCAGUGCAUGAAAACAUCUCUUUGCAACUGCCUUCUCCGAGGCUGUAGUAUCAGCACUUCAAAGCAUCCUCCCAGACAAAGAAGAUCAAAGUAUAAAGUUUUAUCAAGACAAAGGAAACCGCAGAGAAAGUUACAGUCAACUCUUUUAAAGAAAACCCAGCAGGUCCCUGAAGGGACUCUGAAGAACACUAGGGACAGCAGUGCUAAGAGGAGAUGCUCUGGGACAGUUCAGACGUCAGAUGUCUGUCCUAAUGGAAAGCAGGUCUUGAGAAAACUUGCAAAGCCUGACCUAAAAACAAAGAAGAUGGGGAUCCAUGGGAAUCUUGCAGGGGGCAGUGGAAACAAAUCUGGCUUUUGGACGAAGAGACAGAUGCACACACACAAUGCCCCAGACACUGCUACAGAGACAGAUGACAUUGAUGAUAUUUUUGCUUUGAUGGGAGUUUAGAUGUACUUAUGUGAAACUUCUGAGCAGCUAACAAGCUGGUCCAGUGGUCUGCUACUUUAAGGGGAUAUUGCUAAGAUCUGGAAACACUGCUUAGGCUGAGAGCUGCUUCUGUACAGUAUUCCACAGGAGUGUAUUCAGUUCAAUAAACAUUCACAGCAGUGUUGUAUAAGUUAAUCAGAUGGUGAGUAUUUGCCUUUAACUGUGCAAGGUGUUAAAUAUGAUGAACAGUCUGAGGAACACAUCCUUCAUGAAAAAUUCCCUUUUUAAGGUUUUUACAUUUUGUGCAAGGGUGUGUACAUAUACGUGGAUAUCAGAAGUAACUUGUGAGAGUUGGUUUUGUCCUUCCACCAAUGGGUCCCAAGGGGUGCUGUCCCAGUUAGGGUUUUACUGCUAUGAACAGACACCAUGACAAGGUAACUCUUAAUAAGGACAACAUUUAAUUGGGGCUGGCUUACAGGUUCAGAGGUCCAGUCCAUUAUCAUCAAGGUAGGAGCAUGGCAGCAUCUGGGUAGGCAUAGUGCAGGAGGAGCUUAGAGUUCUACAUCCUGUUCCGAAGGCAACAGGAUGGGCUGGGAGGAAGGGCUUAAAGCUCACACCCACAGGGACAUACCUACUGCAACAGGGCCGCACUUCCUAAUAGUGCCGAUUCCUGGGCCAGCAUGUUCAAGCCACUACAGGUGGAAAGUUCAGAUUUUCAGGCAUAGCAUCAUGUGUUUGCUGAGUCAUCUCACCUGCCCAGGUCUUCCUUUUGAAUAACAAAUGUGAGUGUAUGCUAUGUUAUUAAAAAUGAAUUAUCAAAAGA